CUCCAGUCAGAAGUGCGUAUUAACAUUUAACGUGUGUAUAUGUGUAUCUUGAUAAGAGCAGAUGAAGACAGCCCCGUACAUGACAGUAAUUCUUAGCUACAGGAAAACGGCGUGGGAAGAAAAGAAAAAAAAAUCCUUCAUUGUUGUUGGCGUUCUGUGGCAACAACCAAGACUCCACCGCCAUGUCGUGCUGCUGCUUACAAGUUCACCAGAUUACUUCCUUCCUCCCUGUCACUCUUACUUUCCUUAUAUUUUGCUUCUUCCCUGCCACUUACUUCCACCAGCUGGCUACCAUCACCGCCAUCCUGCCUCCCGCCUUAUGUCGCGCCUCAGCUUCACCACGCCUCCCGCGCCAGUUGACCUCAUUUGUCUGCAUGAACCAAGUGGUGCCUGCAGGUCCAUUCUCACCACCACCACCAUCUCCACCGACACCACCGACACCACCAGCAUGCCGGCCAAGCGCGUGCCCACCAGCGACACCACGGAGGCCCUCACGGCGGAGCUGGAGCCCAUGACUCCCAAGGAGGAGAGGCCACCUGGGGAGGUGGGCGAGGAUGAAACGCAAAAGACACAGCUCAAGAAGGAACUCGGCUUGCUGGAGGGCGUGGCCAUCAUCCUUGGCAUCAUUGUGGGCUCAGGCAUCUUCAUCUCGCCCAAGGGAGUGCUGAGGGAGACAGGCAGCGUGGGCAUGUCGCUGGUGGUAUGGGUGAUGUGUGGCCUCAUGUCGCUGGUGGGCGCGCUAUGCUAUGCAGAGCUGGGCACAUCCAUACCAAAAUCAUGCGGAGACUAUGCGUACAUUAAUGCUGGCUUUGGCUCCCUCCCUGCCUUCCUUUUCCUCUGGGCUGCCAACCUCAUCUUUGUGCCCACCACCAAUGCCAUCAUGGCGCUGGCCUUUGCCAAGUAUGUGGUUCAACCGUUCUUCCCCAACUGUGACCUGCCAGACGAUGCUGUGCGGCUCAUUGCAGCACUGUCCAUAUGCUUCCUGACAGCACUGAAUUGCUGGAAUGUACGAGUCACCACCAAGCUGCAGGAUUUCUUCAUGGUGACCAAGAUUGGUGCAUUGCUCAUUGUCAUCAUUGCUGGCAUCGUCCACCUUUGCAUGGGCAACACUGGGAACUUCUACAACUCCUUCCAGGGCACCAGCACUGAGCCAGGCGAGAUAGCUGUCUCCUACUCAGGCAUAUUUUCCUAUGCUGGAUGGAACUACCUCAACUUCAUGACGGAGGAGCUGAAGAACCCAUUUGUUAACCUGCCCCGGGCCAUCUACAUCUCCCUGCCACUGGUGACGCUGGUCUACGUGAUGGCCAAUGUUGCCUACCUGGCUGUGCUCUCCCCUGUCGACAUGCUGGCCUCUGAUGCCAUUGCUGUUACCUUUGCUGACCGUCUAAUGGGCAGCAGCAGCUGGGUGAUGCCCUUGCUGGUGGCCCUCUCAGCCUUUGGUGGUCUCUCAGUGCACAUCAUGACUUCCUCCAGGUUGUGCUUCGUGGGUGCAAGACAAGGCCACUUCCCAGACAACCUUGCUCUCAUCAACUGCAAAUGCAACACUCCAAUGUCUUCUCUCAUCUUCCUGGGCCUGUUGUCACUGGUCUACCUCUCCACCACGGACAUCUACCGCCUCAUUGACUACACCAGCUUUGUAGAGAGUUCAUUCAUCCUGUGCAGUAUCACCAGUCUGCUGUACAUGCGCUGGAAAUACCCUGACAUGGAGCGGCCCAUCAAGGUGAACGUCAUCGUUCCCAUUGCCUUCCUGCUGGUGUGUGGCUUCCUGGUGUUUCUGCCGCUGUAAGUGCGGCCAUAUGAGGUGGGCAUGGGCCUGCUCAUUACUGGCUCUGGGGUGCCUGCCUACUUCCUCUUUGUGUACUGGCAGAACAAGCCAAAAAUUGUCAGAACAGCACUUGACCAACUCACUGUUUGGACACAGUUGCUCUUCGUAUCUGUGAAAACUGAGUGAGGAGUGACGGACUGCACCUCCUCUACCAUUACUACCAUCAAUGCUGCUGCUACUAUUGCUGCUGCCCUACCAAGAAACGCACUUGUGUGUGUAUGUGUGUGUGUGUGUGUUUGUUUGUGUGUGUGUGUGUGUGUGUGUGUGUGUGUGUGUGUGUGUGUGUGUGUGUGUGUGUCAUCAUAUCAUACAGCCUUCACAUAUUUUAUCCACUUGGUUAUGGUUCUGUGCAUCAUGGCAAAUCACACUGCUGGUAGACAAUGGAUAUCUGAAAUGUUCCCUACUUUAAUCCCCUCUGAACUGCUGUUACUGCUGCUGCUGCUGGAUCCUUGGUGAUCUGUUUGUAUUUUUGCUCAAGUGGCUUGUGUGUGUGUGUGUGUGUGUGUGUGUGUGUGUGUGUGUGUGUGUGUAUAGUGAUGGACUUUGGGGGGGCAGCUGGAUGGUGUGAACUGUUGUCAGUGGUGACAACAUGCACACACACAUGUGGCAAAAGCAACACAGCAGCAGAUUUGUCAGCCUGGAUGUGCUCUUUGUAAUCUGUGAUACUUUUCAGAAGGGGAAUAUUGAAGGUUUUAUACAUUAUUUAUUAGUUAUUGUAUUUUGGUCAUAGGCUGAUUUUGCACCACUUUAGCUGAUAAUUUGAAAUUGGUUCUGAACCCAAGAAAUACUUGAAGGUGCAAUUUUCAGAUAAAUUGAAUAGUAUUCCAAUUGUACAUAGAGAUAACAGAAAGUAAGUGAGAGUAUUACAUAUCUGUUUUAGGUAUUUUGAUUUUUAGGUUUUCACCAAGAGGGUUGUUAGUCUUGGUCUUUGCUUACUGCCUGUCUGGACCUCACAGUGGUGAUGGGAAGCCUCAAGCGUGUGACUGUCUGGCAGCUGUGUGGCCCAUUCUGGAUGAGUAUGUGCUGGAUGGAUGUUAACUGGCACCACAUGAGCUUAUUUGUUGGCAGAUCCAGAAGUUGGGAGUACCACAGUUGCUGAGACAAUGAGGCAGUCCUGUUAGGGAAGUUUAGUGACUGAACACUGAAGGUUGACCAAACUCCUCUUGGGCUACAGCUAUCAUUGUACUCAUAGCUCAAUGGGUAAAGAGUUGUGUACCUUGAAUGUUUUGAUGGGAAUCCUAGUGCUAUUCCCCUUAUGCCUUGCUCAGCAGGUGUAUGUGAGACCUGUGCAUGGUGGUGUUAUCACAGUCAAAAAUGUUUUAUUGUCCCACACUUUUUCCCAUUGUCUUUAACAUUUUCCCUUAGUAUUAAGUCAAUAAUCCACAGACUCUCCUCACAAAUAUAACAGGUGACAUGCUAAGGAGGUCACAGGACUUAAGAUUGAGGGAAAUGCUAAACACUGGGAAUGAGUGUGGCAAAUUACAUGACCUCUGACCAGACUAGACCAACAGGAUAAAUGAACAUGGCCUAACUCCAGGCAGUGCUGUGUGGAGGCAGUCCUGGGGUGAGGUGACAGCUGGUGUGACACUCAUAGUCACUGGAGCAGCCAAGAAGCCUCACGACAAUUAUAAAUUGAUUAGCUUUGGCACAAGCCUUUGUUAUCAGCUAGGCUUGCCUCCUUCACAAUGCUCCUGUCUUUCCCUCUGGUGGUCAGCCACUGCCUGCACCUUUGCCUUGUAGGGAAUUUACCUCCUGCUCAUGAGUGACACGAUGAAGAAAAGGAAAUAAAUGUACAUCUUUUCAUCUCUGCAUGGGACAAAUGAGGGCUGUGUGUGUGUGUGUGUGUGUGUGUGUGUGUGUGUGUGUGUGUGUGUGUGUGUGUGUGUGUGUGUGUGUGUGUAUUUCAUAAUUUAUCUUAUUUUUUUUCUGGGCAUUUAUGGUGCUGAAAGACAAGAAAAUUCAUGCAUACUUUAUGAUCACUCAUUAUUAAUCUUUUUAUUUUAUUAUCCUUUUCAUUAUCAUCAAGACCAUGCUGGGCUUUAAUUAAUGUGUGUGUGUUCGUGUGUGUGUGUGUGUAAUUAUAGAUAUGUAGUUGUAUUCAUGUCCGGUGGCAAAUCAGAUAUAUUUUGCUCAUUGGUGAGAGAGAGAGAGAGAGAGAGAGAGAGAGUAGUUUUGGCCCAACAGUGGGUAAUGGUGAUGUGUAAAGCAUAUUUUUCUAGGAGCAAAAGAGGCAAUGUGUCCGCCAGGCAUCAACAUGUCACUUCAUUGUUACCAUGUUUUUAAGAAUGAAAUAAAUGUGCCUUUUUUAC